AUGGUCUACUAUGUUCGAUUCCUGAAAACCCCCAGGACUCAGCAACAGAAAGGCUCCAUCUACGUCUCCGCUCUUAUUUGCAUCACCACUGAUCUGGGAGACUCUUUUCUCGCUGAAGAUGUUGAUUUGAUGCUGAUAGCUGAGAAUUCCUCUGGGGUUAUAUUUCAGAAAACAACACAAUGGAAUGCUAGUAAUCGUGAACUUGCUAUUACUCUGGGCCCUCUCCCAUCCAAACUUGCCCAGCAGUCUAUGGUGUUGACGGUCAAAGUGCCGCACCCACCAGGAUAUUCUAUACCUCAGUAUCCCCCCAUACCAUUAGUGGUUGAUGCAACAAGUGCUCCAUUUGGACCUCAGUCGAUGCCAGCGGAAAAACUGGUUCAACGACAAAUUCAAUACAACGGCCAGGAAGCAUUCUCCAUAAAGAUCUGGGAAGAGACAGGGAAUAGCAUUGCUCGACACAUAUGGGAUAUUCCCAGGGAUGCGGGCCUCACAACAGUUACAUAUCUUCACAUGAUCUGUGAGAAUAUAAGGAAGAAGAACAAAAGCAUUGAACCUAAAAUUCCAGCUUUGAACCGAGUCCUGUCCAACGCCAACAAUCACCCUCUUCAGGUAGUUGAACUAGGGGCAGGAUGUGGGAUAGCGGGAAUCGCAUUGGCAUCAAUGCUUUCCAACUGUUCGGUCUUACUCACAGACCUUCCCGAGGUUGAGGACAUAAUAACGCGCAAUAUUAAUGCUGCCCAACUCGCAACCAUGUCCAGUCUUCACUAUCAAAAUCUGGACUGGGAGAACCCACCGGAUGAUCUCUGCCCCCGGCCCAUUGAGCUCAUUCUUGUCUCCGAUUGCACCUACAAUGCAGACAGCUUGCCCGCACUAGUCUCUGCGCUCGAUCAAUUGGUACGGACAUCGCCAGAGGCAAUCAUCUUGGUGGCUCUAAAGAGACGACAUGACAGCGAAACAGUGUUUUUCGAUUUUAUGGGAUCGGCAGGGUUUACGGCAGUGCAGGACAGCGUUGAGAUCCCGUCGCAACACGACGAGGUGGAUGAGAUUGAGUUUUACUGCUACAGUAGACAAACCGGGAAAUUGUAG